AUGAUCAGUCAACAAAAAUACAUUAAGGAGUUGCUUAAAAGAUUUGAAAUAGAGAAUGCUAAACCCAUUGAUACACCUAUAGCCACUGCUACUCAGUUAGACAGGGAUGAACCUAGUUCUCCUGUGAAUGAAACCAUGUAUAAGGAUAUUAUUAAGUCGCUACUGUACUUAACUAUCAGCAGACAUCACAUUUCCUUCAGUGUUGGGUUGUGUGCAAGGUUCCAAUCAAGUCCAAAGGAAUCUCAUUUGAAAGCUGCAAAAAGAAUCUUGAGAUAUCUCAAGGGGACCCAGGACUUGGUUCUCAUCUAUCCUUCAGGAGAUAAUUUUGACUUAGUUGGAUAUGCUGAUGCGGGAUACUUGGUGGAUAGGAAGAGCACAUUUGGAAUGGCACAUUUUCUGAGGUCAUGUUUGAUCUCACGGGAUACAAAGAAACAGAAUUAUGUGGCUCUUUCUACUGCUGAAGUUGGAUAUGUGGCUGAUGCCUCUUGUUGUGCUCAAUUAUUAUGGAUCAAACAAUAG